AUGGCGCAGGACCGGUAUUUUUCGCCUGAGAUGUCGAUGUCGCCUUCUUCAUCCCCUUCAAGCAGUAGCGACGAUGAAACGGGGGAGUUCCAACUGGCAGGUUAUGCCCUGUAUCCAUGGAAAGAUGGAUCAUCCGUCUGGCUGCCUUUGUUGUCCAUGAAAUUCUUUGGACAAGACUUCCUUGCCCCUUUCAUCACAGUGGACUGGGAGUCUGUCUACAAGCAGAAAAUGGGACCUACUCGUGACCGGUGCGCCUCUUUCACCUUUCGUUAA